GGCGCUAUGUUGAACCGUGAAGUUGAUUGCAGAACCUUCCAUCAUUUGACAUUGAACAGACUGGAGCAUACUCAUAACUAUACAGGCCUCACAUAUACUGUAGCUUAAAGAUGUGAUUAGAUGUGAUUUGUUGAAUUAUAAAACAACCAUACCCCAUUCAGUUUGACUGGGUAACGUUAAUGUUUAUGGCAGUGAUCACUGACCGAAGAUAAAAAGUAGAGAUGGUAUGAUCCACACCAGGAAGGACGUCCUCAGUGUUUGGAUAACUUGUGAUAGCUGUUUGUCUGCUUGUAGUAUGUUGGUGUUCGUUUGAAUCUACACAUUUAAUAGAGUGUAGUCGUUUAAAGAAAUAUGUAUGCGCUCAGUUGACUAAUCUUACCGUUUAGAAAACGAGUGCAGCUAUUUGACUUUAGCUUAUCUGCGUACUAACGUCUGCCUCACUCGAGGUUAACGGUAACGUUUGCUGGCUACGUUUCAAAAAGUUAUAGGACAACAACUUGGACUGACUAGACGCUUAUUUGCUAAACAUGUCGAUGGAUUUUGUAACUUCUCUCCACAAUAAACGACGCCACGAAGAGGAGCAUGGAAACUGGGAAUGUCAACCGAAAAGGCUGUGCAGUGGAGUAGUUGGUUGUGGCCACCUUGAAUAUGGCGCGGUCCGCGAAUGUCCCAUGGAUACAUGGGAGAUCCAGCAGCUAGUCGUACCGAAUGGGAACAGAGGAAACGAAGUCGUUCCUAACAUGAGUACUCCACCAGGCAGAGCAUCUGCGCAGUGUUGCCCAAGAUGUAUGGCUGGAGAGUCGGGACACAUUAACCACAUCAUGGGAUAUUGAUUAUGAAGAUCUUCAACAAAACCGCCUUCGCUAUAAGUGAGAGGAUGGGCGACCAAUCCUGAUUUUGUAGAUGCCAGUUUGUCCUCCUGCCCUAUGCAAGCAAUGCAUAUCAUGAGUGCCUUGCACAUUUUUUUAAUCUCUGCCAAGUACUGUACUCCAACACUGUUUACAUUUCCAAGUAUUUGUAAUGGCUAAAGGGCUAGUCAUUGGAUAACUAAUUUCUCACAUUGUAGAUGAACGAGGUAAAUGUAGUACUACAGUGUAGUUGAUGAAGAAUCCGUCAUCAGGACAAAGCCAUGACAGUGUUUCUAUAUUCACAAAGGGAAUCUGUAAUCCAGGAAGCUGGAGCAAAUACAUAACAAAUGCAGAGACACUUGGAGAUGUAAUACAGUUGCUAUGAUCAAUCAGCAAUGAUUAGGAAUAGAACUCCAUCGUUUGGUAUGCAAAUUAUUGUCCCUUUUACAUAUAGAUAUAUGGUAUAGAAACCUUUUUUUAAAUGUUGAAUAAUUCUGAGUGGUCUGAUUUAAUUAAGAAUGUUAAUCUUGACAUAAAGAAAACUGCUACAAUAAUUAAAAGCAUUUCAAUGAUUUAAUUGAAAUGGUUUAAUUAUUUAUGGGAUUUUUAUAGACAGUGUAUCUCAUAGAUACUAAUUAAUUUAUGGAUAUAACAUGACCCUUUUAUAUUGUCCAAAUCGUUUCCAAACAUCACUGUGGAACAUUGUUGUGUCAAAUUAAAGAUGUAGAAAAAUCUGCAUUCAAAAUGUAGAAUUGUCCAUGUAGCUUCAACUUUUUCUUCCCUGUGAUCUUUGUAUAAACCAUGGGUUUAAACAAUA